CUGGGAAAAAAUGGUCAUGUGGAGCCGCUGCAGAGCCUGAAACACUUCCAUCUGUGGGGAGAGACUGGAUGAGAGCCACCUGGGACAUCUAGGACUCGAGAUUCCGACUCCCUCCUGCCUGCUGGGCUCUCCCACAGCCCAGAUCUCGCAGCCGGCCUUUGAGGCGCCCCACCAAGUGGGUGCCUGCCCGUAUAGCCCAGGGGUUGGUCCAAGAACAGGGUGAGGAAGUGGGCAGGUGAGGCAAGACUUCUACCAGGACCCUGGCAAGCACCCAGGCUGGCCCCCAAGGUUCCUCAAGGUCAUAUGGAGCUCCCAGGGGACUUGGUCACAAGUGUCCGAGCUACUGCACCUAAAGCUUCGCAGACAACUGUCUCCUACAAAGCGCUUAACACAUGGCUCCGUUUCCCCAGAACAGAGAAACAUACUGACUUCUAAUCCCUACCCUCCCACUUUCAUAUUAGGUCCCUAAGAUCCUACUAGGUUACCCUCCCGCUCCCGGGUCAGAGUCCGAGUCCCGCGCAAAACAGGGCUCAGGGCACAACUCCCUGCCUGCCCCUUCCGAGCCGGGCAUGAACUACAAACCCCAGAAGGCGCCGCUCACCACGCCCGCCUCACCUGACCCAGAGGUACCGCGUGUGGCACAGCGCGCUCCAUCUCGAGAACUACAAAUCCCAGAGUGCUCAGCGCGACGCAGCUUCACGAGUCCGAACGUGCCCGCGAGCGGUUCCCCUUCUCGGCGCCGCACGGCCCCAACACCGCCAGCCUGUCCGGCGCGAAGGCAACCGCCGAGUACUCCCCAGAGCCUCAGGAGCCCAGGACCCCGAACCCAAAUGAUUCUACAGCAACCCCUGGAACGAGGCCCCCCAGGCCGGGCCCAGCGCGACCCACGGGCCGCGUCGGGGACGCCCCGAGCCCAGGACGUGAGCUCCCCUCUCCGAGGAGCUGUGCCCAUGAGCACCAAGCGGCGCCUGGAGGAGGAGCAGGAGCCCUUGCGCAAACAGUUUCUUUCUGAAGAGAACAUGGCCACCCACUUCUCUCGACUCAGCCUGCACAAUGACCACCCUUACUGCAGCUCCCCCCUGGCAUUCCCCCCAUCUCUGCCCCCACUCAGGAGCCCUUGCUCUGAGCUGCUUCUCUGGCGCUACCCUGGGAACCUGAUCCCUGAGGCCCUCCGGCUGCUGAGGCUAGGGGACUCCCCUACCCCUCACUACCCUGCAACCCAAACUGGGGAGAUGACGGAGCUCUGAGUGCUGGUGGGCAGAAAUACUGCCCACCCUCCCUCCCCACAACAGAGAAGACCAGCAUUCCCACUAAGGGAUCAGCUGUUCCGUGUAUUCUCCAGACCAGGCCUCUGGGCCCCAGGACCUACCCUCAACAGAGGAGGACACUGAAUCCCACAGAGCCCUGGGGUGGGAGGGGCAGAAGGGACAGGAGCAUGAGAAGGGGGGCACUUCCCCCCCUAGAAACUGAAUAAAGAUUGCUGAGCAAAUAAA